AUGGACAAGACUGACCCCAAGACCGUACAGGACCUCAACCUCACCUCGGUGGUGCAGACACUCCUGCAGCAGAUGCAAAAUAAAUUUCAGACCAUGUCUGACCAGAUCAUUGGAAGAAUUGAUGAUAUGAGUAGUCACAUUGAUGAUCUGGAGAAAAACAUCGCAGACCUCAUGACACAGGCUCGGGUGGAAGAACUGGAAGGAGAAAACAAGAUACCUGCCACACAAAAGAGUUGAAGGUUGCUAAUUACCCUGAAAUCUGGAACACCAUUUUUCCAAGCCAAAAGAAGACUGAAUGGCUUU